GCCACUAACCAAACUUUGUCACGCUGCUGCUGCUCCUGCAACGACGUACGCUCAUCUCCGUACACACCGGGCCAAAGAGGGAAAAAACGUCCCCACGACUGGUGUUGUGACUCUUACCUUGGGCCUCUCCCUCAACCGUUUCCAACUGGGUGAAGAAAGCGAAAAGCAGUUUUAAUGAAUCAGUAUUCGCUAGCCGACGCCAUGACAGACAACUUGAGGAUUUUAUAAUUCUCUCCGGAGGAAGAGCGUCGCAUCUUGUAAGGAGCCACAGAGGAAACUUCACAGUUCCGAAGUUACCAGAGUCUAACAUGGGGUUUGGCGUGCUGGGAGUGUUUCUGGGGCUGCUCCUGGAGGUGUCCACCCAUGGACCCCACGCUGUGCCUCGGACGUCCUGGAGACACCAAGAUUUGGAUCUGAUGGAGUUUUCCGAACCUGGGAUCUUCAACUACACCACAUUGUUGCUGAGUGAGGAAAAGGAUGCGCUGUAUGUGGGAGCCAGGGAGGCCAUCUUUGAGCUGAGCAAGAACGAUGUGACAGUCAAAAAUAACAAGGUUCAGUGGAAAGUUGCAGAAAACCCAAUGGCCAUGUGCACGCUGAAAGGGAAAUCAAAGGAGCGGGAUUGCCUAAACUACAUCCGAGUGCUCCAAGUCGUGGACAGCCAGCGGUUGUAUGUCUGCGGCACUCACGCCUUCCAGCCUCAGUGUGACUACUUGCACCUCUCUAACUUCUCAUUGGUCGGUCGACCUGAAGACGGCAGGGGGAAGUGCUCCUUUGACCCCUCUCAAAGCUUCACUACUGUUAUGGUUGAUGGGGAGCUGUACUCAGGGACAGCUUAUAACUUCUUAGGCAGUGAACCGAUUAUUUCCAGAUACUCUCCAUCACAGUCCCUGCUGAGGACGGAGUACUCCACAUCAUGGCUUAAUGAGCCCAGUUUUGUCUUUGCCGACGUGAUCAAAGAAGGCGCAAAUAGAGUGGAUGGCGAGGACGAUAAAAUCUACUACUUCUUCACUGAGGUGUCGGUUGAAUACGAAUUCUUUGGCAAGCUGCUCAUCCCCAGGGUGGCGCGCGUCUGUAAGGGUGACCUCGGGGGUCAGCGCACUCUCCAGAAGAAAUGGACGUCCUUCCUGAAAGCCAAGCUGGUCUGCUCCAUGCCCGAGCUCAACUUCGUCUUCAAUGUAGUACAUGACGUCUUCAUCCUGAAGGGAGCAGACUGGAGGGACACCGUGAUCUACGGGGUCUUCACCUCCCAGUGGGGUAACGUGGGUCUGUCAGCAGUGUGUGCCUACAACAUGACGGCUGUGGAAGAGGUCUUCUCAAAGGGCAAGUACAUGCAGAAGGCCACAGUGGAGCAGUCCCACACCAAGUGGGUCCGCUACAACGGCAUCACCCCUUCUCCACGUCCAGGAGCAUGUAUGAACAGCCAGAUGCGACAGCAGAACAUCAGCACCUCUCUCCACCUGCCCGACAAAACCCUCCAGUUUGUUAAGGACCACCCGCUGCUGGAGGAUCCCGUCCUGCCCAUCGGCAACGGGCCUCGCCUCAUCACCAAAGACGUCAACUACACUCAGAUCGUGGUGGAGAGGGUCCGUGCGCUCGAUAAGAACAUUUACGAUGUCAUCUUUACUGGAACAGAUAAGGGAAUCCUGCACAAGUCAGUGGUGAUCGAUGGAGAAGUGCAUAUUGUGGAGGAGAUUCAGCUCCUGAAGAACUCGGAGUCCAUAAAAAACCUGCUGCUGUCCUCUCAGACGCGCUCGCUGUAUGCUGGUUCAGACUCUGGUGUAGUGCAGUCCCCCACAGCUUUCUGCAGCAGGUAUCUGUCCUGUGAUGACUGUAUCCUGGCUCGAGACCCGUACUGUGCCUGGGACCCUCGCAACGCUGCCUGCGUCAACAUCUUUGAGGUUCCAAGUCGGCAUCAGAGGUUCAUCCAGAGUCUGAAUGGUGACGCAGACAAGUGUCCUUCAGUGUCAGGCCGGUCUCCGAAGGACUACCAGACUGUGACGGUGAAGCCGGGGAGCUCUGCUGAGCUGCCCUGCCUCGUUCACUCUAACCUGGCUCAGGUGAUGUGGAAAUCCAACGGUUCCCUUCUCACCGAGGCCUCCCGCUUCCACUUCAUCGGCGAAAAUGGCCUCCUCAUUUACAGCGUGGCUCCGGAGGAUCAAGGCCACUACGAGUGCUGGUCCGUGGAGUGGGCCCCCGCCGCCAGGAAGAACUUCACCCGCCUCCUGGCUGCGUAUGUCCUCGCUCUGGAUCUCCCAUCCAGACCCCCUCUCCAGGCGGGUCAUGUCACCACCACCCUUGGCGUUCAGGAUUCAUCUAGCACACACGGAGCUGAAGGUAAUGGUAAGACAGACAGAGCCACACUAGCUUCAGCCCUCGCCCCUCCCAGCUUCACAUCCCCAGUCCAGCUCACCUCCCCUCCCCAGACUGACUCAUCACUAACCCCGCCCCCAAGCAGCACAAUGAAGCUUCAGCCAAAGCCGCAUCUUCCCCACAGCUCCUACGCCCCCCUCCCAGACAGCCUGGAUCCAUCGGCGGAAUAUUUAGAGCAAAACAACAGCACCGCCCUCCUUCUUCUCUUCCUCCUGUUCUUCCUCCUCUUCCCUGCACUGGCGUACAACUGCUACAUGCAGUACCUACCGGCGCCCUGCCUGCGCAUGCGAGCCGCCCUGCUGGGCAGCCACAAGAGCGCCCAUCAGCCCGAGUAUCUCUCCUGCGAGGCGGGGCUUAUGGAGGCAUCCGCAACCGAGAAAAUAAACAUGACAGAGCAGCCCACGCAGAACGGCAGCCAGACCUCGCAAAACCUGCGGGCCCUUCGAGACACUGGGUACGAGACAGAGCCUGAGUGCAGCAACGGUCAGAUCCCGUCGCACAGUUUUUGCGGCGACAGCCAGUCUCAGGAGAAACCCUUUGAUGUGGACUGUGAAUCCCAGCCCAUCCAGUUUGCAGACGCAGAUGAACCCUACUGCUAACCAGAAGCUUCGGUUCCUCUUAGCACAGAGACUGUUCUCUCUUUCUCCUCCUUCGCACAACUUAUAACGCAAAGGUUUUCUCUUCAUAAAAGCAUGUUGAAGUGAAGUCAGGCGCUUUCAUUUCUGCCGUCUGGUUUAGAGCUGACAACAAGAGAACAAAAAACUGUUUUUUUGUGGGAAGCUGUGCCCUCUUAGCCGUGUCCAGCAAGAAAAGCUAUUUCUUAAAUUCCAAAUUGGAAACAUUGUUUACCAAAUUGGUAAGUUACCUUGAUGUUUUCCAAAUUGGAGUCAUGUCUUUGUACAGCCUGAGUGAAAAUUAUAAGCUUUUGCAUUUUUUUUUUUUUCUUUCAAAGCUAUGUUUUGGCUUUUUGGACUUUAGUCAAUGCUUCAACGUUACAGUAAUUUUUCUCAGGGAAGAUUUGCUCACUUUAGCCUGGCUUUGUUGUGCGGAGCUGACAUCUGCAGCUCGCGAUAUGUGGGCCUUAAUCUCACCCAGCGAGCGGUGAAGCAGGCCUGAAGGUCGUCAGAAAAGGAGAGAAGGAUGACUUUGCAUAUUAGGAAAAAAAAAAAAUCAACCACUGUCUGUCUAGUGUAGAGCUGCCUGGAAUGUUGCUGUAUUUAAUGUUUUUUCCCUCCCUGUGAAGCCGACGUGUCAACAGCUCUGAUGCUCCUGUGUAUUAACCCUUUACUAGUUCUCCUCCCUCUGUGGUCUGUGUAUGAAGUGAAUGUGUUCAGUAUGACAUGAUGCUUGAUUAUAUCAAUCAUCUCUUCUUCUUUUUCUAAAAACAGCCCUGGAACAAUCUGAAGUUGUUUUUUUUUUUUUUUAAAUGAAGGUUUUAUUUUAAGAACCUUUCCAGAGAAUUAUUAUUUAAGUCACAUCUGGGGUAAUAUCUUCUUUUUUUUUCUAGUGUGUAAGUAGCUCCUCAUUUGUUUUAUUUUAUUGUAUUUAUUGCAGCAGGUUUGUUUUUUUUAAGACCCUGUAUUCAUUCGUCUCCCCCCUUUCUGUACUGCAUGUCAUCUCUGCUCUAGAUUUCCUAUUUUUCCCUCAACACUCUCUUUUUCCAUCACUCCCUCCCUCACAGCCUCCUCUCCUGUCGACACUUCACACAUCCUGUCCUCUUCUGGAAGUAGCACCCCUUCCACCUCCACCUCCUCUUCCUCCUCUUCUUCCUCUUCUUCCACCUCUUCCUCCCGAGCCUCCUUUUCGCCCCACAACGUGGAGGCUCGGGAGGCAGAGGUGAGACUGUUGCCCCCCCUGCUGAAGGACCAGGCCUGGGGGGUUCACGCCCAGGAGGCCUUCCUGCUCUUCUGCCUGGCCCUGGGUGAGUGGUGCCUGUGACACUGACUCAACGCCACCUUCUCUCUUGCUCGGUUUGGAACCUUUCCCUUCCUGUUUUUUUUUUUUUUUUUUUUUUUUUUAACCCUUCCUUUUCUCUGUGCCAUUUUUUUUCCCCCACUGGCUCCCUCACAUUUUCUCACCUUGCAUGUUACCAUGAAUCAAAAAACUAACCAGGGUUCUGUGUGUUUCUGGAUUUCUUUAAAAGAAGCCUGCUUUGACUUUUUUGGUGUGUCGUUAGACGCCUGCAUUAUGAGUGAAUGUUUAAAAAUCCAAACCGGGGUUAAACUGUCAACCUCCUAGCGAUCUGGUUGUCUCAAAAUACUCAAUCUGGUGUGAAUUAAAGGUGCAGUUUGUGUAUAAUAUUGUAUAACAGCAUCCUGACUUGAAAAUGUAAAAUUUCUAGAAUCUCUCCUAAGAACAAAGUUAUACGAUGCUCAAAUGUGUUACACCUCAAGACUUUAUCUGGUUAUUUUUGGUGCCUGUAAACAAGUGUAAAUAUAUCUGUAUAUAUGGAAAAAUACAGUUAGAAGGUGUACAUAAUUCUAGGGAACAUUUUGAGACUGUUAUUGGUAGGGAAGCUAAAUAAAUCGUGUCAAAGGUUUUCAA